CCUCACAAACAUCACGUCACUGCCGCCUACAGAGCAGCCAAUCAGAGCAGAGAACAGCUGCUCUCCAUGGUAACGGCGGACAGUUUGGGACCGAGUCGCGUUGGAGUGAAGCUGGGAGCAGACUGGUUGGACUGGGGCGUUGGAGCGACGCAGCCAUGGCAGGAACGUCCAGACACGACCGGGAGAUGGCCAUGAAGGCCAAGCAGCGGCUGCCGGAUUGCGCGGACCCCGUGGAGCGGCUGCGGCUGCAGUGCCUGACCCGCGGCUCGUCAGGGAUCAAAGGUCUGGGCAGAACCUUUAAGAUCAUGGACGACAACGAGAACCGUUCCCUGGACUUCAAGGAGUUCCUGAAAGGUUUGACCGACUACGGGCUGCUGAUCGAGAAGGACGAGGCCAGCGCCAUGUUUCAGCGCUUCGACCGAGACGGGAGUGGAACCAUCGACUUUGACGAGUUCCUCAUCACUCUGAGGCCCCCGAUGUCCAAGGCCAGGAUGGAGGUGAUCAUGCAGGCGUUCAGGAAGCUGGAUAAAACUGGAGAUGGAGUGAUCACCAUAGAGGACCUGAGGGGGGUUUACAACGCCAAGUACCACCCAAAGUACCAGAACGGGGAGUGGACGGAGGAGCAGGUCUUCAGAACGUUCCUGGACAGCUUUGAUUCUCCGUACGACAAAGAUGGAAAGGUGACCAAAGAGGAGUUUGUCAACUACUACAGCGGCGUGAGCGCCUCCAUCGACAGCGACGUCUACUUCAUCCUGAUGAUGAGGAACGCCUGGAGGCUCUGACACCUUCAUCGUUAAUAACCAUGUUCAGCUGAACGCCCGGCUGCUGUUUCUGCUCCGGAACAUUCUUUCUGCUCCGGAACAUUCUUUCUGCUCCGGAACAUUCAAUAGCAGCCGUUCUCUUUCACGUCUCACUUUAUUGAGCAUAAACAGGUUAAAUAAAGGCCGAGUGCUCCGACCUACA